AUGGCGCUUCCGGAACUGCUGUCGCGCCUGCGCCUCGCACCUCUCCGCCAUCACCUGCGCCGCUCUCUCUCCGCCGCCGCCCCUCCGCCAGACGAACAUCCUCCGCCCCAUCCUCCCGCGCCGCCACAACCGCCCUCAAACCCCAAGCUCUUCGUCGCCGGGUUGUCGUGGUCUGCGGACGAGCGGUCGCUGACGGACGCCUUCUCCUCGUUCGGCACCGUCACCGAAGUGAGAAUAAUGUAUGACAAAAACUCUGGACGGUCAAGAGGCUUCGGUUUUGUCCAGUUCUCAAAUGAUUAUGAGGCUAAGUGCGCCAAGGAUGCUAUGGAUGGAAAGGUGAUGCUUGGACGACCAUUGAGGAUAAGUUUUGCUCUUGGCAAAGUUCGCGGUGGUCCAGUUAUUGUUCCACGACUUCCCACGCAAAUGAAAUGAGACUGAUGAAAGAGCUGCGGCAGUGGCAUGGACAUACCAGGAGGCUAAAGAAGGAUCCAUAGGCCAGGGUUCUGAACCUUCCCAAGUAGGCGUCGGAGACGAAGGCACCCAACAACGGCGCGAAGUUAAGGGUACCGUAGAAGAUGUUGGUAAUGUUUGCUGCCGUGAGCUGCCCAACGUUGUAGCGCUUGACAAGAUAGACCGUCAGAUUUGCUGCCACCCCGAUCGACCCAACCUUCUCAAAUGUCUCGGUUGCUGCAUACAAAGAAAAUGACAGCCACUCAUUUCUGUACUCAUGAUCGGUUUAUUUAGAGGUUAUUACUGGUGUGAAGGAAAAUGACAGAGUGCCGUACAGAGCUGCAACUAAAGGUCAAGCUUUGUUUUUCUGUGUUUUAUCCUGACUCUUUAUUUUGGCAAGCAGACUAGUGUGUAGUGCACGGCCUUCUACUCCCGACAAGUGACAACCACCAGAGACGCUCUCUCCUGGUAGAAUACAGAUCACUUGUGGGAGGCCAGAUUUUUUUUGUAUGAAAAAAAGGCCAGAUGUGACC